AGACACUAAGAGAGAGCAAGCCAGACACACCAUCACAGGAGCGCGGAGGGAACGGGACACGAACUCACGCAGGACAAGAACAAGUGACCAGCGGAAUCCACGAUAACCCACACGAACAUCGACGAAAACUACCUUGUGUGGCUUUAGAGAGGAAAUGAAAGGAAAGUCGGUGGCGAGUUGAGUCUCCGCCCUUCCAGUCGCUGUGGGUAUAGCACGAGGUGUCCGCUGUUUGGUGGGCGAGUGUUUGUCUUUUGUUUCGCCUCGUCAAGUUCUGUGUUGAUGACGGACAGAAUUGUGCAGGCAUCAUGGUGCUGCUGCUACAUGGGCUCCCUCGCCAGGCAGGUGUGCAGCGUGGUGGUGGUGGCAAGUACCAUGCUGCACGUGGGGCUGAUGCUGGGCUGGCCCGCAACUCUCCCCUCCCUGCAGGCUGACACGCACUUCAACGCCACGGACAACGACGUGAAAUGGCUGGUUUCCUGCGUCGGCUUCACUGGACUUGUUUCUAACCUGCCCAUAGGCGCGCUCAUUGACUACCUCGGCUACAGACACCUCAUGACUCUCACACUGCUGCCCGUCACCGUCACGUGGUUACUGCAAGGCCUCACGCCCUCCCUGACCCUGCUCUACGUCGGGCGGAUCAUGGGAAGCGUGGGAUUCAUGAUCUUCUCCACCUUAGUCAACCCACUCAUGGCAGAACUCCUGGAGCCCAAGUACCGAGGCUUCCUGGGGUGUCUGAGUGAAAUCGUGGUAUCUACUGGGAUGCUCCUGGCUUACCUAAUGGCUGAAUUCUUCACGUGGAAGCUGGUUACCAUUCUCUCCGCCGUGCCCUUCAUCCCAAUCUUCUUCUUCUCUCUCGGCGUUCCGGAGUCCCCGUAUUGGUUGGUGCGUGCGGGGCGUAUCAGGGAGGCGGAGGAGGCGCUCAUCACAGUGCGUGGACCUCUGCGGCGGCUGUCAGCGCAGGAGGAGCUGUUGGAGAUCCAGAAGAGCAUAAAGGAGCAGCCGCAGACCAGCCUCUCACAGCAGGUGUGGCACAUUUCCAAACCGCAGAACUUCCGGCCGCUGCUGCUGAUGGCGGCCAUUAUAGUCCUGCGAGAGCUCGGAGGUCAGUUUGCCAUCUUCUCCUACGCCGUGUACUUCUUCCGCAACGCCGGCGUGGAGAUGAAGGCCUCCACAUGCACGGUGCUGCUGGGCGUGGCAAGGCUCUUCUCCACCAUCGCCUGCUCCUCGCUACUAGAUCGCGUUGGCCGCCGCUUCAUCCUGACGGUGGGAUGCUCCUGUUGCGCCGUCUCCACCGCGAUCGGGAGCAUCUUCCUCUUCUGGGAUAUCCCGGGGUCGUCGUGGGUGCCCGUCAUGGCUGUCGUUUCCUUCGUGCUCGGCUAUGGCUUCGGCGUGGGUCCCAUUCCUUGGGUGCUGCUGGGGGAGCUGCUGCCCACGCCCAUCAGGGUGGUGGGAGCGUCCAUCUGCACGUGCAUAUACGCCGCCAUGGAAGUCAUCGUGGGCCUCUGCUUCCCUCAGAUGAUGGAGGAGGUGGGGUUAGGAGGGAGUCUGCUUUUCUUCGCCGCCUUCAACGUUCUUAUGAUAGUAGUGGUGCGUCGCUUCCUGCCAGAGACCGCCAACAGCAGCCUGCACCUCCUGGAGUACGUGUUUAAGAGGGACUACCACACAAGUCCCUUAGAUGAGGAGAGAAUGACGUCUGAGGAACCUCUUCUUCACUAACGUCUCGAGGAUUACACCAGCUAUUGAACAUGACAAAGUGACGCGUAGGAGUUAAUACACAAAGGGAAAUGUUUGUGAAAGACUUCUAUUGUUAGUAUCACGUUUCUGUGGUUGCUUCAUCUCUCUUGUGGUGCUCUGCUUGCUGCACAGAUAAAACCUUCAAGGACUUGUUAAGAAUCAUAAAAAUUGAGCGGCUCAGACGAUGCAGAGAAAGCACACUAAUCUGGUAUUCAGUGUUUACCUUUCUGCGGUCUUUGUAUAACCAGAUGGUUAAAAGUGUUUACGUAUGUAUGUAUGUAUGUAUGUAUUAAUGCAUGUAGGAAUGAAUGACAAAAUGGAUACAUGUGUCUUCAGUGUAUUUACAAAUGACAAUGUAAAUGUGAAUGGGUGAAUAAAUAUGUAUACGAAUGAAUAAAUAAAUGAAGGAUAAAAGGAAUAAAAAAUGAAUGGAGGACGGAAUGAAUGAAUGAAUGAAGAAAGGUGGAACAUGCAAGAAAAAUAAACUUUAUAAAGCUUG